AAAUCAUGGGAAAAAAAAAGAAAGAAAGAAAAUAAGAUGAUGUGCUAGAAAGCGAUUGUAUGGUUACUUUAGAUUAUCUGAAGAGGUGACAUUUGAGCUGGGAACCAAAUGAAGUAAAAUUUGCAUGCCAAGUACUGAAACAUAGCAGUCUUAAGGCAGGAAUGAGGUUGCAGUUUGACAUGUUCAAGUACAGAAGGAAAGCUGGUUUGGCUGGAAUGUAAGAUCUGAGGUAGAGACAGGUAGGGAGAAGCCAGAUCUUUCUGACCCUAAUCAGGAUUAUACAUUUUAUUUUAACUGCAGUGGGAAGCCAACUGGAUGGAUGCUCAUUAGGAUGUUUCGGAUUAUAUUCUUAUCCUUAAGGAUGAUUUUAGAGAGAACAGCUUUCAUAUGUUGGGGAGCAAGAAUAAUUCCUGUCUCUUCAAAGGUCCUCCUAGCUGGACUAAGAAAUAAAUUGAUCUGAGACAGAUUAACAGGAGAAAAUCAAAUUUAAUAGAUGCAUAGACAUGGGAAGUCCAAAGACAACCAGGCAAAAUGAGCUAUCUUUGUUACUCUGGACUAAGGAGAAGGUGGGUAGAGGUCUGGGAUUUCAGAGGAAAGGAAUGCAUUUCACAGGGUGAUAAGAGCAGAUGUUUGGUAAUUAGAUGUUUGUCAUACCAUACAGAUGGGUCACUCCAAUAAAAUCUAUUUCUAUUAAUAACCCUUAUUCUGGGAAAGACCCCCCAAUUUAGAUUCUUUGGUGUGGUUAAGGGAGGGACAAAAGUUUCUUUUGAGUGGGCAGGGUCUCAAGUGCCUUCAGCUCAAAUUAAUCCAUAUGCCAAAGUGGCACAUUGUGUGUGUGUGUGUGUGUGUGUGUGUGUGUGUGUGUGUGUGUAUAGGGGUGGUCUGUCCUGAACCCCUACAUGUACAUCAACUUCUUAGGCCAAGUGAAGCAACCCAAUGAACUUCACUUUUCUUUUUUUUUUAAUGUUUAUUUUUGAGAGGGAGACAGAGUGCGAGUGGAGGAAGGGGCAGAGAGAGAAGGAAACACAGAAUCAGAAGCAGGAUCCAGGCUGCAAGCUGUCAUCACAGAAUGUGGGGCUCAAACCCACAAACUGUGAGAUCAUGACCUGAGCCGAAGUCAAGCUCUCAACCAACUGAGCCACCCAGGCGCCCCUGAACUUCACUUUUCUGAAAGGUCUAGUUAUACUCAAGUGUCCUCUCUACUACUUACCAAAAUACCUACAAUAUUUUGUGCUGAGAUAUUGAUAGCAUUUCUAGAAAUUUCUGAUUGAAAAACAAUUUUAAAGAGAAUGUGGUAAAGAUUAUCAGGUUAGUUACCCACCUAGCAAGCCUAUCAAAGAAAUUAAAUCUUUGGAAAAACAUAUUGUAAUGUUAGAAAGGAGAAUUAUAAAAAGUUUGGAACAUGACUGACUGUGCAGUGGGCAGAAUGUGGAAGGCAGUGGGAGGGAUUCCUAGGAAACAGAAUGGAGUCCAUGAAAGAAGAAUGAUGGUGGGAAAGGAGACCUAGGAAAGCCUCUAAGACAACAUCAGCCAAUUCAUGAUUUUGCCAAGAGACGCAGAAGCCUGAUGUGAGGGUGUUCCAAAAGAAACACUCUAAUUCAAGCACAAAGGAAGUUCAAAUCAGUACUUCUUUCUAAGCAGCUCAACUGUGCAGUGAUUCAGGCUGCCUUCUGAAGAUACAGCCUCUUUAUGAGUGACGAAGAAGAAACAUCAGACACUACUUACUUAGAAGAUGAUACCUAUGAGCACAUUGGGACGGCCGGUGAUUCAUUUGGAUGCAGGUGAUCCAAAGACAUUUGAUCUGAAUUUCAAAGGGCCUGUUGCCAAAAGGAGUUGUACAGAUGUUCUGUGCUGCAUAAUCUUCAUACUGUGCAUUAUUGGCUACAUUAUUUUAGGACUUUUGGCCUGGGUACAUGGCGACCCCAGGAGAGUGGCCUACCCUACAGACAGCAAGGGCCACUUUUGUGGCCAGAAGGGCACCCCCAAUGAGAACAAGACCAUAUUGUUUUACUUUAACUUAUUCAGCUGUACCAGUCCCUCUGUGGUGAUAAACCUACAGUGCCCUACCACACAGAUCUGUGUCUCCAAGUGCCCAGAAAAAUUUUUAACCUACAUGGAAAUACAAUUUACAUACAGAACAAACAAAAACUAUUGGACAUACUACAGCCAGUUCUGCAAGUCCACUUUUGUUAAGCCUGCAAAGACUCUCACACAAGUUUUACUGGAUGAUGAUUGUCCAAUAGCGAUUUUUCCAAGUAAACCAUUUCUCCAGAGAUGUUUCCCUGACUUCUCUACUAAAAAUGGCACUCUGACAGUAGGAAAUAAGACGACAUUUGAAGAUGGAAGUGGAAAGACAAGAAAUGCUAUAGAACUCAGGGCAGCUGCAAACCGUGUCAAUAAAAUACUUGAUGCAAGGACAAUUGGAAUGAAAAUAUUUGAAGACUAUGCAACAACUUGGUAUUGGAUUCUCCUUGGCCUGAUUAUCGCCAUGUUCCUUAGUUGGAUGUUUGUGAUACUCCUGAGAUACAUAGCUGGAUUACUCUUCUGGGUCUUCAUGGUGGGUGUGAUUGGAAUUAUAGGUUAUGGAAUAGGCCACUGUUACCAGGAAUACUGCAAUCUUCAGGGACAGCCAAAUUCUCAUCUAACUGUAUAUGACAUCGGGAUUCAGACUGAUAUAAGCAUGUACUUUCAACUGAAACAAACAUGGUUCACAUUUAUGGUAAUACUCUGCCUUCUUGAAGUGUUUAUCAUCCUCAUGCUGAUCUUCCUCAGGGAACGAAUCCGCAUCUCCAUUGCCCUGCUGAAGGAAGGGAGCAAAGCCAUUGGAUAUAUCCCUACUACAUUAGUUUAUCCACUUUUAACUUUCAUUUUCCUCUCCAUCUGUAUUUCCUACUGGGCGGUGAUAGCAGUUUACUUGGCUACAUCAGGGGUACCUGUAUACAAAGUCAUAACCCCAGAAGGGCAAUGUAAACAUGAAAAUACAACCUGUGACCCAGAGAUUUUUAAUACAACUGAAAUUGCCAAAGCUUGCCCUGGGGCUCAGUGUAACUUUGCUUUCUAUGGUGGAAAGAGCCUGUACCAUCAGUACAUCCCUACCUUCCAGAUAUUCAAUCUAUUUGUCUUUCUCUGGCUUAUAAACUUCGUCAUUGCACUGGGUCAGUGUGCCCUUGCUGGUGCCUUUGCUUCUUAUUACUGGGCCUUGAAAAAACCUGAUGAUAUCCCACCAUAUCCACUUUUUACUGCAUUUGGACGAGCCAUACGAUAUCACACAGGAUCCCUAGCAUUUGGAUCUUUAAUUCUUGCAUCAAUUCAAAUAUUUAGAAUAGUCUUAGAAUACUUAGACCGCCAUCUUAAAGAGGCCCAGAACAACAUUUCUAAAUUUCUACAAUGCUGCCUGAAAUGCUGUUUCUGGUGUUUGGAAACAGUGGUAAAGUUUUUGAACAGAAAUGCCUAUAUUAUGAUUGCAAUAUAUGGCAAAAACUUCUGCAAGUCAGCAAGAGAGGCUUUCAAUCUGCUGAUGAGAAAUGUUUUAAAAGUUGCAGUUAUGGAUAACGUUACAGACUUUGUACUAAUCCUGGGGAAAAUUCUAGUUACUGGAUGUAUAGGUGUGCUGGCCUUCUUACUCUUCACACAAAGAUUGCCAACGAUUAUAGAAGGACCAACAUCUUUAAAUUACUACUGGGUACCUUUGCUGACAGUCAUUAUUGGAUCUUACCUAGUUGCACAUGGGUUCUUCAGCGUCUAUGCAAUGUGUGUUGAUACAAUUUUCAUCUGCUUCUGUGAAGAUCUGGAAAGAAAUGAUGGAUCCACAGAAAAACCCUACUUCCUAGCCCCUACCCUGCACGGAACUCUGAACAAGAUGCAACUAGUUUCCCAGAAGCAGAAAGAGUAGAAAAGCUCCAAACAGUGACAUUCAUUUUUAAAUAGAAGUUUUGUAAAUUAGAUCAUGUGUAACUCAAAAAUGAGGCUUUUGAGUAAUGUGAAAUUCUAUGCUUAUUGCUGAAAAGCCAGAACCUGGUACCACUUGAGGUGACAGACAUUUGAUGACAGUAGCCUCUGUUAACUAGGAUACUUUAUAGACUGUGGUCCCAGCUGAAGAGCAAGGUGUAAAUGUCAAACAUAUUUUUAAAGCCUAUAGCUGAAAGUGUUUUAAACAAUACUUUUAUAACUCAGGGUGCUGUUUCCCAUUGCAGCACUUUGAUAGCCUUUCUUUUUAUAAAUGUGUUUGUAAAAGAUAUUCAGGCAAUUUUUGAAAGCACUAUAAAUGUAUCAUCAAUUAGCCAUAAAAAAGAUUGAUAGAGUUAACCAGCUUAUGGUACUAAAUUCGUAAAUAUGGUACUAUGCCUAUAUAGCUGCUCAAGCUAGUGGACAGCUAUCUAAACUGUGAUUAAAUUUGUAUUCAUGUUUCUCUAGGAAGUAUAUUUCAGUACAUGAAUCAAGACCAUAAUAUACAUAGAGAUGUUAAUGUUAUGCAAGUUCCAUAGAGAGCAUUAUUAGGUAAAAAUUACUGUGAAACCUUCAUAGCCCACUUCGUUUUAGUGUAAUUAUAUUCAUAGUGAAGCUGAAUCUGAGUUCUGGAAUACCAUUUCCAAUAAUAUGAACCUCUGGCCACUGUGAAAAUAUUCUGAACAAAACUGAAAUGGCCAUGUAAUGCAUUCCUCUUGUCUCUAACCCAAACAGAGACAAAUUCCUAUUUCCCUAUUCCUGCCAUAUAGAAAACUGGAAUGGAUUUGUUUCAGAAGAGUGAUUAUAUCUUUUAUAAGCAUACCUGUUUUUAUAAGCAAACCUGUUUUUCUAGAUUAAAGACAUUGUUUGGCUUCAUUCUACAAAAGGUUUAGUUUGAGUUCAACUUUGGGGAAAGAGAAUAGAUGAGUAAGACCUUCAGAUUUUACUCUAAGGAAAUAUACCUAAGCACUCCAUAGGUACCUUGUCUGGUACCUUUACAGGGGUAUAUACGGUGGGUUAGGAAAUCUCCCUCAGAGCUUAGCAGGAAAGUUAUUUUUAUACUCCACCCCUGCUGGCCAGAGCAACAAGUUGGUUUCUGGCAACCAUCCCCUUAGUCUUUUGUAUGGUGGAGCAAAGCAUAAAUCAGACACUCAAGCACUUUUCCUGCCCAAUCUCUGUGUGCACGUUUGUAUGAUUUGGCUAACGGUAUAAAAGUUACCCCAAAAGGAACACUUAAUCAAGUAGUAUUGUUUUGGCUUUUACACUAAACUUGUGUAUAAGAAUUAUUUAAGUGUUGACAGAAAGGAACGUGUUGAUCUAACAUUUUGAUCUAAAUAUGAUCCAUGAAUUUUUAUUAAAAAGAGUCAGAAAUGUAUCAUUGUGCCACAAGUUAAUAUAAAAACUAAUUUCUUUAAUGAUUCCGAAGUAUGGGAACCUAGAUGUAGACUAACUCUGUGACAGCUUAAAUAAGGAAGAUUUUCAAAACAGUGGUCUUUAUAACAGCCACCAUCUUGUUCUUAUUUUCUUGAGAGCAUUAUAGUCAAAAGUGUCACUUGUCUUCACAUCUUGGCCAAGGGCCUUCUUCACUCUCAUUCUCCUUGAAUCAUAAUUCAGAGAAGAGUGAUAAUCUAUCUUUCUGGAUGGUUAUAAUUAUUAGUCAAUAGUACAGAAGUUACAACUGAGAUAUAGUAAAUAGUUACCUCUCAAGUGUUGAAAAGUGAUAGGAAAUAAAUCCCCUUUAGGAGUAGUCAAAUGUUGAUACAUAAUCAUGAAACAAAACAAUUUUAAUUGUUUUGUAUGCAUCAGAAUCGCUCUGAGAACUUGUUAUAAAUAUAGAUGCUUGUGCCCCUUCCUUAAGAAAUUCUGAGAUGUUGUAUUUGGGUGCAGGGCAGCUUGUGAAUUAUUAUAAAAUUCUCUAGCUGAUUCUGAUACACAUAAAACUUGGAAAAUCACUUGAAUAAAAUACAAAUCAACAUGCGAGAAACUGAUUGGCUUAUUUUCUCCUUACAUUCUUGGCUGUUCCAGGAGUUAGAAAAUUAAGACAAAGAUUAAUUUGGAGACUUCUAAUAGUCACAACUUCUGCAUUUAGAAUCUUAGACUAGAUGGGGCCCGUAUAUUAAAUGUUUAACAUAUAUGCUGAUUAGACCAAAAAAUUCACUAGAGUAAAAGUGUUCACUGCCUAAAUGGAGGCACAUUCUAAAACUGGCUAUAUUUUAAGGAUAUAACCCCUUGGUGCAAAUCAUAGGAAAAGGAAUGCUGUUUGGUUCAAUAUUUUUAAAUAACUUCUUUACUACUUAGAGAUUCUUCCUUUAAGUGUAGAAGUUUUAACUAUAUAUGGGCUUAUUUCUAGUCAGAAAAAAUAUUCCCCACUAGUUACUUUUUGUAUAAUUGAUAGUAAAAAUGAGUAUUGUUUUUGAGGGGGAAAAAUAGAAGCUGUUAUCUUACAAAGCAAUUAAAGUCAUAACUGCAAAAAACAUUUUUUUCAAAACAUGCAGUUUAAAAUAUACUGAAAUUUCACAAAUCUUAUUUUUUAAAACUAUGCUACAUAAAUUGUUGAUUGCAAAACAAAAGAAAUUUUGACACAUAUGGUAAUUUGGGAAGUGAAUUGAGUACAUACUACUUUUCAGGAAUUUGAAGGUGAAUUUAGAAAUUCCUGGGGGAUUUUUUUUUCUUUUUUAAGUUUGCUAUCCAAAAGAAGGUAAAAGUUAUUUCCUCAAUCAUGCAGCUGAGAAGCAUGCAUAUUGACAGAAUAUGAGCUGGUACACACAAUGAGAUAAUAUUUUACUAACAUAAUAACAAGGGCUGCUUGUUUUCUCAUAGGUAUGUUUACAAUAAUGUUGAUGCCAAAACUGUGCUAUUAAAAAAAAAAAUCUUAAACUGCUGUAAAGCAAGUAUGCAGUAGAUGGCGACGUUACUUCUCGUACAGUUUUGCUUUGAUAUUUACUCUGUGCCAUUCUUC